UAACUGCGCUCAGAUAUAUUUGCAACAAUCCCAUAAUCUCAUCUAAUCUCGUAUACAUCUGGAAGGAUGAACAUAUAUAUUAUUGUGGGCUCGUAGGGCUUCCUAUACGUCGUGGACCAGUGAUAGUUACCGAUGCGUUGGGGGCCAGACCAUCAGCAAGCACGAGCGUUCGCAGAUGCCGGGCGGCUAGCCUUCUCGUGCAUGGAAACAUGGUCUUACUCAUUCUUACGAGCUUCUUUCGCACGGCUCAUCUGCUACUAGAACUCGGUGAAAUUGCUUAUCGUAUCAGGAUCACUCGGGUCUUUAAAAUUCCAUGUAUGCCGUGUUUGAAUGUAGCACUACAACCAGCGGGUUACUCGUUCUUUCUCAACCAUCGUGACAGUUGCAGUCAUUCUGCUCAAUAUGGUUGGCAUUCAUUCUUUCGGCGCACUUGCCGCGGUAGCAUCAACAUUCACUUCUGUGUCGCUUGCUUCUCCACUGACCUCUGAGUCAGCCGCUGCCAACGGUAUUGUUAAACGACAGAAUGGCUUUUUUGUGGUACACCCCAUCGAAGACGGAGGCGUGCAACCGCGUCUGAACAUUCGCGACCUCGCCGGCAAGUCUGAAAACAAGGAACUAUGGGCUUUAUACAUUCUUGCCAUCAAGAGGUUGCAAGCCGUUGACCAAAAGGAGAAGCUCUCCUACUAUCAAGUUGCCGGCAUCCACGGUCAACCUUGGAUUCCUUGGGACGGCGUACCUUCUUGGACGGACGAUCCUCACUGGGGAUACUGCCCGCACAAUGGAAACCUAUUUGCGACAUGGCAUCGGCCUUAUGUGAUGCUUUACGAGCAGCUACUGUACGAGCAUGUCAAAGCUAUUGUUGGAGAAAUUUCCGAUGCAACCACCAAAGCACGCUUCCAAGAAAUCGCAAAGAAAUUCCGAGUUCCUUACUGGGACUGGGCUCAGAAAAUACCUGCUGUAGCUGCAGUCAGCAACCCACUGUCUGGCUACCGCUUUCACCCUCUGCAGCCCGAAGACUUUCCUGUGCCAGAGAACUUCCAGGCGCCGUACGACCAUUGGGAGCAAAUUAUUCACUAUCCGGAUGAUCCGUCGAGCACUAACCCCAACGACAACCUGACAGGGCUGCACCAGACACUCAACAACAACCUCGGUUUCGCCCGCGAUGGCAUCUACAAACUCUUCACCAAUUACCUACCUUUCAAUCGCUUCUCAAACCAGGGCCCAGGCUCAGAUGUGAACAUUGGAAAUCUCGAGACCGUACACGGCUCCAUUCACGACAGCUUCCGGGACGGCCAUCUCCAGUUUCCCCUCACGGCAGCCUUUGAUCCCAUCUUCUAUCUCCACCACGCCAAUGUGGACCGUCAAAUCGCGAUCUGGCAGGCCAUCUACCCUGACACCUUUGUUGAACCGGUUCGAGCCAUUCGACAGAGCACAUUUACCUUGGAUGCGUUCGCAGCGGAUCCUGUAGGCGCCACCACGCCACUCCAUCCAUUUCACAAGAAUAGUCAAGGCGACUUCUGGACAUCGGAUGAUGUGCGUCAGAUCUCCACCCUUGGCUACACGUAUCCCGAGCUCGCAGACACCCCCUCCAAUGAUACACUCAAAGCGCGUGUCAAGGCGCUAUACGAAGACACGCGCACGCGCACUUUGACACGCCGCCAGACCGAUGCCGCAGAGAAGACAUCUCGCAACUACAAUGUGCGCGUCAGUCAGCCAGACGGCUUCGCAACGUAUCUGUUUUUGGGUGAGCCUGGCCCUGAUCCGGAAACUUGGCGCGCCGACUCCGUCUUCGCAGGCUCUUUUUCCACGAAGUUCAACAUCAUCGCCGAUCCAGACCGCGAGGAGAUCAAGAAAAAUCCUGUAAAUGGUGUUGUUCCCAUCACGUCCUCGAUUGUCAGGGCGCUUGAUGCCGGGAUGCUGCAGGAUGCCGAUGAGACGGCCGUUGUGGAAUACCUGAAGAUUAACUUGAAGUGGAAGAUACAGACAACGGACGGUAAGGAGAUCUCACCGGAUCAAGUACCCAAUUUCAACAUCUCCAUCUUCAGCCACAAAGAGACGGUGCCUGCUUCGGCGGGAGAGUUUCCGGCAAUAUUGGAGACGAAAGAAUAUCCGGAUAUCACGGCUGUUUGA